GGUGGCGGGGCCGCGCUCGAGGGUGGCCGCUGUUGAGAGCUGAGCCCUUGGCCCCGGGGCCGGGCGACCCUGGGGCGCGCUGGGCUCGGGUCUCGGCGGCUGGGUGUAGGGAGCCCAGCCCAGCCGGGGUACCUGGCUCGAACCCCCCACCACGACCAACAACAUCUGCAGGAAGUCCCAAACCUAGACCCUGCCUAAUCAAUGGGCCUUGGGUCUACACUGACCCCGUGAAUGCAGCUGCCGAGCCAGGGCACCGAGGGCUGGAGUGGAGCAGAACCCUGUCCAUGGAACUGGUGGACAAGGUGGACAGGGGGCUGUGGUGAUGGCGCAGUUUGACACAGAAUACCAGCGCCUGGAGGCCUCCUACAGCGACUCGCCCCCCGGGGAGGAGGACUUGCUAGUACACGUUGCGGAGGGGAGCAAGUCCCCCUGGCACCACAUAGAAAACCUUGACCUCUUCUUCUCUCGAGUUUACAAUCUACACCAGAAGAAUGGCUUCACAUGUAUGCUCAUCGGGGAAGUCUUCGAGCUUAUGCAGUUCCUCUUUGUGGUUGCCUUCACUACCUUCCUGGUUAGCUGUGUGGACUAUGACAUCCUAUUUGCCAACAAGAUGGUGAACCACAGCCUUCACCCUACCGAGCCUAUCAAAGUCACGCUGCCAGAUGCUUUUUUACCUGCCCAAGUCUGUAGUGCCAGGAUCCAGGAAAAUGGCUCCCUGAUCACCAUCCUCGUCAUCGCUGGUGUCUUCUGGAUCCACCGACUUAUCAAGUUCAUCUAUAACAUUUGCUGCUACUGGGAGAUCCAUUCCUUCUACCUGCAUGCUCUACGUAUCCCCAUGUCUGCCCUCCCAUAUUGCACAUGGCAGGAAGUGCAGGCUCGGAUUGUACAGACCCAGAAAGAGCACCAGAUCUGCAUCCACAAGCGGGAGCUCACCGAGCUGGACAUCUACCACCGCAUUCUCCGUUUCCAAAAUUAUAUGGUGGCGUUGGUGAACAAAUCUCUGCUGCCACUGCGCUUCCGCCUGCCAGGACUUGGAGAGGUUGUGUUCUUUACCCGUGGCCUCAAGUACAACUUCGAGCUGAUCCUCUUCUGGGGACCCGGCUCCCUGUUUCUCAAUGAAUGGAGCCUCAAGGCUGAAUACAAACGUGGAGGGCAAAGGCUGGAGCUGGCCCAGCGCCUCAGCAACCGCAUCCUGUGGAUCGGCAUCGCCAACUUCCUGCUGUGCCCCCUCAUCCUCAUCUGGCAGAUCCUCUAUGCCUUCUUCAGCUAUGCCGAGGUGCUGAAGCGGGAGCCUGGGGCCCUGGGUGCACGCUGCUGGUCCCUCUAUGGCCGCUGCUACCUGCGCCACUUCAACGAGCUAGAACAUGAGCUGCAGUCCCGCCUCAACCGUGGCUACAAGCCUGCCUCCAAGUACAUGAACUGCUUCCUGUCACCACUGCUGACCCUGCUGGCCAAGAAUGGCGCCUUCUUUGCUGGCUCCAUCCUGGCUGUACUCAUUGCCCUUACGAUCUACGAUGAAGACGUGCUGGCCGUGGAACACGUCCUCACCACCGUCACGCUCCUGGGGGUCACAGUGACCGUGUGCAGGUCCUUUAUCCCGGACCAGCACAUGGUGUUCUGCCCCGAACAGCUGCUUCGUGUGAUCCUCGCUCACAUCCACUAUAUGCCCGACCACUGGCAGGGUAAUGCCCACCGCUCGCAGACCCGGGACGAGUUUGCCCAGCUCUUCCAGUACAAGGCAGUGUUCAUCCUGGAGGAGCUGCUGAGCCCCAUAGUCACCCCCCUCAUCCUCAUCUUCUGUCUGCGCCCGCGAGCCCUGGAGAUCAUAGAUUUCUUCCGCAACUUCACUGUGGAGGUAGUCGGCGUGGGAGACACCUGCUCAUUUGCUCAGAUGGAUGUUCGCCAGCACGGGCAUCCCCAGUGGCUGUCCGGCGGGCAGACAGAAGCCUCCGUGUACCAGCAAGCUGAGGAUGGGAAGACAGAGUUGUCCCUCAUGCACUUUGCUAUCACCAACCCUGGCUGGCAGCCCCCGCGCGAGAGCACCGCCUUCCUCGGCUUCCUCAAGGAACAGGUGCAGCGGGAUGGGGCAGCUGCCAGCCUGGCCCAAGGGGGUAUGCUCCCCGAAAAUGCCCUCUUCACAUCCAUCCAGUCCUUGCAGUCGGAAUCCGAGCCCCUGAGCCUUAUUGCCAAUGUGGUGGCUGGCUCAUCCUGCCGAGGGCCCCCGCUGGCCCGAGACCUGCAGGGCUCCAGGCACCGGGCUGAAGUUGCCUCUGCCCUGCGCUCCUUCUCCCCACUGCAACCUGGGCAGGGCCCCACAGGCCGAGCUGCCAGCACCAUGACAGGCUCUGGGGUGGAUGCCAGGACUGCUAGCUCCGGGAGCAGCGUGUGGGAAGGACAACUGCAGAGUCUGGUGCUGUCGGAGUACGCGUCCACUGAGAUGAGCCUGCAUGCCCUCUACAUGCACCAGCUCCACAAGCAGCAGACUCAGGCCGAGCCUGAGCGGCACGUGUGGCACCGCCGGGAGAGUGAUGAGAGUGGGGAGAGUGCCCCUGAGGAAGGGGCAGAAGGGGCCCGGGCCCCCCAACCCCUCCCCCGCUCAGCCAGCUACCCCUGCGCCACCCCCCGACCUGGGCCCCCUGAGACCACUGCCCUGCACGGGGGCUUCCAGAGGCGCUAUGGAGGCAUCACAGAUCCUGGCACGGUGCCCCGGGCUCCUUCCCACUUCUCUCGUCUGCCCCUUGGUGGCUGGGCUGAAGAUGGGCAGUCAGCAUCAAGGCACCCAGAGCCCGUGCCUGAGGAGGGCUCUGAGGAUGAGCUUCCACCUCAAGUACACAAGGUCUAGACGAAGCUGAGAAGGGUACCCGUGCCCCAAGGAUGGAGGCCACUGCCGCCCAUCGCGUGCCAUGGGAGGGCCUUUGAGCAUUGCCUGGCUCCCGUGUGUGGUGUGUGUGUGUCCGUGCCUGGCCAAGGGAGGAGGUGCCAAUGGUGGACUUGCCACAACCCCAACAGACGAAUCUGGGGGCACGCAGGCCUCUCACCUCAUCCCCAGAACCCCCUUGGCUCAGAGUGUGGUGCUAGAAAACCAGUCCCCAGCCCAGCCCCAGGACUGCCAGUUUGGCACUGAGAGAAGCUGCCACACUGGGAGAACCUGUGCCAACUGUGGAGUAGGUGGGGCCUGGGCCUGGACCCUUGACCCCUGUAGCCCACCAUCUUCCCAGCCCCACCUUGAACAGAUGAGCACCUGUGGCUGUGGCCCUUACCUCACCUAAGUUCUUGCCCACUGCUACAGCCAGCUCACCUCUCUUCCACCCUGUCCCCCUGCGCGCAUCACUGGCAUGUGUGUGCUGUUUGUUCCUGUUCUGUUUGCUCUUGGCCUCCUCUGUUGGGGUGGAGGCCCUAGCUCCCAGCUUCCCAUACCCCAAUGCCAUCAUUUGACACUAAGAAGGAAAGUUUCUGAAUUGCCAGACCAGGAUGGAAACUACUGGCCUCUCCAACUUUUGAGGUCCAGUCCUUGGGAGACCGUACCCCCACCCCUUCCAUUGCUGCUUAUUGGGCCCCCUCACCACCCACAGGUGGGACGGACAGGGCUAGAGCAUGACUUCGGCUGUCUACAACCCAGCAAGAAAAGCUGCAGCCCACUUCUGGCUGCCACCUAGCAGGGUAGAAGGGCGUUGCCCUGGGCUUGGGCUACCGCAUUGCAUGCUGGGACUCAACUCCUACCCCGUGGAGCACCCUACGCCCAGCCCUGGUGCACUGAGGGGACAGGAAACUGCAAACCGGGUGGGAAUCGUGUACAGCUUGAUUACCCUUAAUAAAGAAGGGACUUUGA